CUAAAAUUUCGAUUUAAAUUUUGCAUAGCUCAUAUUUUCAUAAAGUAAAGAUAUGGAUAAUCCUGGCCUAGUAACCUCAAACGAUCAUAUUAUUUGCAAAAUAGAGAAGUCAGGAGGAGUUUUUUCCGAGCCGCGAAAUGCAUCUGUCAGUUUGAAGGUUGAAAAGGGAAUCACUUUUUCCUGGAGCAAUCUGAGUGUGUCAACAAGAGGAAAGGAUGGAAGUAGAUGUUGUGGCUUAAUCAAAGGAAAAGGAACACCACCCAAGAAUAUUCUUAGCAAUGUGAGUGGUAUUGUACGUCCUGGUGAAUUAUUGGCUAUAAUGGGAGCUAGUGGAGCUGGUAAAUCAACUCUACUAAAUACACUUCUAUUCAGAAAUCUGGGAGAUCUCAAGAUUUCUGGAAAACGAAUCGCAAAUGAGUCAAUUGUGACUCCGAAUAAUUUGACAGCGCUUUCCGGGUAUGUUCAACAAGAUGAUCUAUUCUUUGGUACUUUGACUGUUAAGGAGCAUCUCACAUUCCAGGCUCUUGUGAGAAUGGACAAAGAAAUUUCUUUGAAAGAUAGACUUGAAAGAGUUGAAGCAGUAUUACAGGAG